AUGUGCUUCUCAACUCCGAGUAUAGCGACACUCGGUGUAGCUCUAAGAGUCACACAUGCCCAAACACCCGCUGAUAGCUGGCUAAUCAUAUUUCGUAACAUUGCGCGCCUUUUUUUUGGAAAUAUAACUGUGACGCCUGGAAAAUGGAUUAGUCCUUCUAAUAUGCUUUCCGCAUUCCAUACAUCCCAUAUUACCCUAUCCUAUCCAAUCCCCAAACAAAACAGCCCCCUCAUUGAACUUAAAACCCCUCUCACACACUGUAGACGUAACCACCCAACCCUCUAUCUACCCCCACCACCACCCUCCUCAAUAUCGCCACCAACCUCAACACAAACCCUAACAACACCUACAUGCUCCUCCUCCGACUUCACGACCCCCUCUCAAUACCCCACUCUCAUCCCAUGUCUCGCUUCUAACACCACCACGCGCCCGCACUGGUGGCAAGGAAACUACACCAUCUCACCUCCCUCUCUCCCUCUCUCCCUCUCUCCCUCUCUCCCCCUCUCCCUCUCUCCCUCUCUCCCUCUCUCCCUCUUCCUCACCACCUCCAAUAGUAUCACCGCCUUGCCCCCAUCACAGCCUACACAAACAUCAAAAGCCACACCUACCCAUUCUCCCUCUUCCGAGUUCCCACAGCCAGGAAAUUAUUAUAUGUGGGAAGAAGCAGUAAACGUCACGUAUUAUGCUGAGACGACGGCAAGAUUUAUCUUUUUCGCUAAAGGGGACUGGUGUGGAAGGAGGACGGCGAAUUGGUUUGCAUUUAGUUUGUAA